GCCAAGACCCGCAAGCAGGAAAUCAUCAAUACCGCACGAGAUAAGAUAAGCUAAAAUCCGACGACGUCAACGGUCAACUCAGACCGACCCCUCCACCAACUGCUUGCUCCGAACUGCAUACAACUACAAACUAGCGACAAGUGUCCUUUCGACAGAUUAUCUGGUCACCGCGUGCUGGCGAAAACUUCGCGAUGACCAGUUCGCCAGUAUCGCCGCGACGGCGACACAUCCUUUCGUCUGUCAAUCCUGGCGAGAGUCACGAGAACACACCAGAGCCAACUGAGCGCAAGUCGUCGCCUGAUCCAACAAGAGACGCAGACGCAGAAGCGCGGGCAGAAACAGGCGACGGCGAAAACCUGCGACCUAGAUCAUCCCGCAUCCGAUUAAAAUCCAAACAUUCAAAGUCGAGCCGAUCGCAUCGUCACCGCGAUCGCGACCGCGGGCACGAUCCAGACGCUGACGAUGACGAGUCCCGCUCGGAGUACCGCCACCGCCGCCACCACCAAAGCAGCCGGCGACAUCGCAGACGAUCACGAUCCCCGACACCACCGAACCCCUACGAACCCCAGGCUCUCGACCCGGAUGCCGCGUUCCGCGAGUCCCUCUUUGAUGCGAUGGCGGACGACGAGGGCGCGGCAUACUGGCAGGGCGUCUACGGGCAGCCGAUACACGUCUACUCCAACGAGCGCCCAGGCCCAGAGGGCGAGCUAGAGCGGAUGACGGACGAAGAAUACUCCCAGCAUGUCAGGCAGAAGAUGUGGGAGAAGACACACCAAGGCUUAAUAGAAGAGAGGGCCCGCCGGGAAGAAGCACGGAAACGCAAAAAGGAAGAGGAGAAGGUCAACAGGAAGCUGCAAGAGGAUAUGGAGCGAAGUUUGCGCCGCGGAGAGGAGCGGCGUAAGAAGAGAGCCUGGGUCCAACUCUGGGAAGACUACGCGCGAGGCUGGUCAGAGUGGGCCAACAACGUGGACAAGAUCCCCUGGCCUGUAGAAAGCGGUCAACGGCGAGACAUCAACGAAAAGGAAGUCCGACGGUUUAUUGUCAACGGGCUCGGGCUGGAGGACAUUGGCGAGAAGGAGUUUGCUGCAAAGCUACGCGAGGAGCGCGUACGGUGGCAUCCUGACAAGAUGCAGCAGAAGCUUGGCGGACAGGUGGACGACGCGGUCAUGAAGGAUAUUACGGCAAUUUUCCAAAUCAUUGAUAAGUUAUGGGCAGAUACCCGGUCGAAGGCGUAGUUGAGAACAGUUUGUGCCCAACACAGCCCUUCCUUCGACCAUCAGAUUAUUAGACGGCGCAAUGAGAAAUAGUAAAAGAGUUUUAGGCACGCGUUGUUUGACUGUCUCAGGAAGCCUGGGUGCGAUCACGAUCGAAAGCAAUCGUAU